CUUCCUCUCUUUUCUCCAGAUCAAUGCAUAUUUGCAAAAGGAUUAAGCCACAGAUUUAAGCUCCGAGAGCCCAUUUCUGCUUUGCAAAGGAGCCGGGACUAAAAACAACCCAAAAUCCAGCUCUGAUUUCUUUUUACCAAGUGGGAAGGUGGUUUAUUUUUCUUGCUUUUUGGAGUCAACACCCUUCCUCAUCAGCCCUCAUCCCCACCCUCACCCUGCAACCCUUUCACGCCCCCCCCUUCCUCUCCCCACUCCCCAUCCUCCCACCAUCCUCUAAAAGAGGCAAAGGGAUUUUUUUGGUCCCCCCCCCCCUUUAUUCUGAAAAGGAUUUGGAGACAGCUUGAACGAUAAAAAGCCUUGGUAGUUCCAAGGAGCCGAGCAGAGGAGAAGAGGAGGAAGCAGGGGCUGCUGUCGCCUUUGGAGAUGGAUGAUCAGCCCAGACCAGAGUUUGGACGAGGCGCAGGCCAGGAAACAUGCUUUAAACUGCCACAGAAUGAAGCCUGCCUUGUUUAAUGUGUUGUGCGAAAUCAAAGAGAAAACAGUGCUGAGUAUCCGAGGAGCCCAGGAAGAGGAGCCGACAGACCCCCAGCUGAUGCGAUUGGACAACAUGCUGCUGGCGGAGGGGGUAGCAGGGCCAGAGAAAGGUGGGGGAUCUGCAGCGGCAGCAGCAGCUGCAGCAGCGUCCGGGGGAGCUGGCUCAGACAAUUCAGUCGAGCAUUCCGACUACAGAGCCAAACUCUCACAGAUCCGACAGAUCUACCACACAGAACUGGAGAAAUAUGAACAGGCAUGCAACGAAUUCACUACACACGUGAUGAACCUGCUUCGUGAGCAGAGCCGGACCAGGCCUAUCUCACCAAAGGAAAUCGAGAGGAUGGUGAGCAUCAUCCAUCGUAAAUUCAGCUCCAUCCAGAUGCAGCUCAAGCAGAGCACAUGUGAAGCAGUCAUGAUUCUACGUUCGCGGUUUUUGGAUGCAAGGCGGAAGAGACGAAAUUUCAACAAGCAAGCCACAGAAAUCCUGAAUGAGUAUUUCUAUUCCCAUCUCAGCAACCCUUACCCCAGUGAGGAAGCCAAAGAGGAGCUAGCCAAGAAAUGUGGCAUCACGGUCUCACAGGUGUCAAACUGGUUUGGAAAUAAGCGAAUCCGGUACAAGAAGAACAUAGGUAAAUUUCAAGAGGAAGCCAAUAUUUAUGCUGCCAAAACGGCUGUCACGGCUACCAAUGUGUCAGCCCAUGGAAGCCAAGCUAACUCACCCUCAACUCCCAAUUCAGCUGGUUCUUCCAGUUCUUUUAACAUGUCAAACUCUGGAGAUUUGUUCAUGAGCGUGCAGUCACUCAAUGGGGAUUCUUACCAAGGGGCCCAGGUUGGAGCCAACGUGCAGUCACAGGUGGAUACCCUUCGCCAUGUUAUCAGCCAGACAGGAGGAUACAGUGACGGACUUGCAGCCAGUCAGAUGUACAGUCCGCAGGGCAUCAGUGCUAAUGGAGGUUGGCAGGAUGCUACUACCCCUUCAUCAGUGACCUCCCCUACAGAAGGCCCUGGCAGUGUUCACUCUGAUACCUCCAACUGAUCUCCCAGCAAUUGCAUCCCCAACUGACCUCUUGCCCCAAAUGGGGGGCGGGGGCAGGAGGGAGGGUUUCUCUCCCCAACGCUGAAGCAGUCAGACUGGAGGUCGAAGCAAUCAGCAAACACAAUAAGAGUCUCCUUCUCUUCUCUUCUUCGGGAUGCUAUUUCAGCCAAUCUGGACACUUCUUUCUACUCUCUUCCCUUUCUUUUCUGGGUAGAAGCCACCCCUUCCCCCUGCCUCCAGCUGUCAGCCCUGUUUCCUCCAUCCUCCCUGCACCUUUCCCUCGCCCCACGGCCUCUGCUACAUCACUGAAGGAUAUUUUCAACAGUUAGAGGAAUUUAAAGAGGAGAAAAAAGACAAAUUACAAAAAAAACAUUAAUAAACGUGUUUGUACAUUUUCAUGCUGGUGGUUUGAGGAGCCAAAUUUACCUCACUCCUAGACUAACAGGCAACCCUUCUUCUCUUUCAGUGUUUCUUGUAUUCACACUACCUCUUAGCAGGAAGACGCCACAUUGCCCUCCCCAUUCCACAUGCCCCUCUGCCCACUGCCCUUGGUCUUCCAUUUCUGGGAGCAAUUCUGAAUCAGAACAGCAUCCCCUUCAUUCUCCCCUAUCCCAGUGACUCUUGGGCGAACCACCAUAGAUGGGUUUAUAAUGUUCCCUUAUUUCCAGUAAUCGUUCUGACAGGUAGUUUAUCAGUGCUGCCUGCCCAAACACUAGGGAAUUGGGCAGCAGGGUAGGGGAGGCAGAGAGUGGGAAGAGACAGAAUUCCUGUGUGCCUUCUCUCCCCCCUACAAAAGCUCUUGAUUUCUGAGGCACGGUUCAUGGAGAACAUUCAACAAACCAUAAGUAUUCAUUAGUCCCUCACUGCAUGUCCAGCUUAGGUUAGGCAAGGAAAAGGGAAGGAAAUAGAAGGUCCUUGCCCAGAAAGUCUUCAACCAGCUCUUCCUCCAUUCACCCACUCCCGAAACCUGCUUCUACAUCACACAGAGAUACUUAACAUAAGUAACCCUAACACUAUGCAUGUGGUGAGAUAAAGAGAGAAGAAUCAUAAGCUCUGAGUCAGGGUCAUUGUUAGAAGAAAUAGGAGGCAAAGGACGGGGAGUUUCAGGACCACCAACUACAUUGUUGAUGGGAAGGGCAGGAACGAACAAGAAAAGAGGUAAUAUUUCUAGUGGAAAUUAUUUCCAUUCCCAUCACUACUAAAGCUGUCAGAAAGCCAUAUACAGUACCUACAAUGUCUAUAGUGGACUUGUCUUUUAUUUUAGGCAUAUCAUACCAAUUGCCAAGUUUCAUAGAUCACUCUAUCCUUGUCUCUGAACCUUUUGCUAUAGAAGAGAACAGAACACAUGGCACAUUGCUAAUUAUUGGCCUAGUUUGAACUAUAAUCCUGAGGGCAUUGUGGAAGGAGGAGUCAGAAUUUCUUAUUGAGUUCAUAACAGUAGUUUCUAUCCCCUGGGCACAUGUAAGAGAGAAGCAUUUGUUCUUAGCAGGGUAUUUUCUAGCAUCCCCUAAGCAGUCAGGCAUUAACAAUUUUCAUAGCCAACUAUGCAAGCAAUGAAGCUGCAACCCUGUCCCUGACGAAAUAGAAGGUGGCAAAAAUGUCUUAGGGCCUCAAUUUUAUUAUCUGUAAAUGGGGAGAGUUAUGCCUACCUCGCCAAGAACGUUGUAAGACUUCAAUGUAUAUACAUAUAUGUAUAUAUUUUAGAACACAGUUUUGAGAUCCUUGGAUCAAAGCAACUCUUGGGUCUACCGAGUCUUGUUUGCCCUCUAGUUGUCUCUACUUGCUCCCUCUAAUAUAUGUGUAAAGUGAUGAUCUCUUGGCAUAAACUAGCCUAUGCUAUGUAGGUGAAAUAAAGAGCUUUAUUGCUCUAAUUAUUGCCAUCAUCGUAAUUUAGAAAGAAAGGCCAUUUUCUAGCUUGAGCUACUGUUUUUAAGUUAACUGAUGGGGUUUGCGUGUUUCUACUGCCUUGAACGUGAGUCCAAUAUAAGACAUUGUUAAGUACUUUUGGAAAUAGCCUGCCCACAGUCACCCACCACACUCAGCAUCCUCUCAUUCGGACACUUUCCAGUUAGAUGUCAAAGUUCUGGGGAUGAGGACAAGCAUUUUCAGAAUGCAUCUGGUCAUUACCAUGCUAUGGCACUGUGAAAAUGAAUGAAAGCUCUUCUCUUCAGGAGGGAAAUUCGUGCCCUCCUCCCCCCCCCCCCCGCAUAAGAAACUCAGAAUAUCUAAGUUGUAAGGAAGUUUAAAAUUAACUUACUACAGGUACAGGUAUGCCUUGAGGACAAAUAAACAGGUUUUAAUGAAAUAGAAAGAGAAUUAAUCUGAUGGAUCUAAAGAUUCAAAUUUGUGGUGGGAAGGUACUCAAUAGGUCUGUAAGAGCAUCAUUCCCUGUUCUGUGUCAUAGAGCCCUAAGUGAGGCUUCUCAUGGACAGUACUGUUAUUGUUAGGAUCAAUGGGAGGUGGGUUCUGUAUUAGCAGCAGUAGCACCCCACCUCUACCUGAUUUAAUAACAUCAGAGUCAAAUCCUAUGCUUUGGGCAGAAUAAAAGGGUGUGGUUACUACCAAAAGGAUUCCUAUUCUCCUGAGGACAAUAAGAUCCUAAUCCAUCCUAGACCUUCAGGCCCAGAUAUGUAUGAUGAUCAUAAGCAAGUGGGAAGAAAAACUGAGCAGAGCCUCAUUCCCAUGUACUAUUUCUCCCACACCUUUCAUUUGUACUUUGUUCUACUCUCAAAACAUCUCCCACAUUACACUCUUCACUUUAUUGCCCAUCUCUCCAUCCCACUCCUUUGGGAAGAUUUCAAGUCCACCAACACACCACUACGCCACCAUCAUGGCAGCCAAGAGAGCUCUCUCACUGUUGGGUAAAGCAGGAGCUCAGCAAAAGGAUAGGUUUGGGCGUGGCAGUGCCUCCUGAAAUGGAACACUCAUCCAAUCCAUAGUCAGACAGCCACUCAGGCACCAUUUCUGUCCCUAGAUCCUUCAUUUUCUAGGGGAAGUAGGUGCCCUUAAUUUUUCCUGGCAGCAGAUUAUCCCUGAAAAAUGAUUUGCCAGAGCUUUGGUUUACUUACCCUGUUCAUAAUGCCCUCCUUUCAUCUCCCUUUUCCUUCCCUUAUGUAGUUAUUGACUCCUUUGAAGUAUUUUUGCCAACUUACAUCUUUUAAUUUGCUUUUUCUUUUGUCUAUGAUGAUCAUUCUUUCCUACUUGCCUUUUCUCACACCCAUCCCUCUAUUUUUUUUGCUUCUGCUUUUUUCUUUUUCUGCCCAGAAAAACCUGACUUCGAUACCAAAAAAGAAAAAAACUGCAGAAACUCAAAUUAAAAAAAAACUUAAAAAAACUUUAAAAAAUUCUCGACGAUUCUUUCAGCUUUAUUAACAUUUUCCAUUGUUUCUUGCGACUUGUGUCUCGUUCUUUGUAGUAUUGAAUAUGAACAUUUGAUAAUGAAUGUUCUUGUAUAUUCAGAUAAAGAAAAAAAACCAAAAAAGCGGUCUGAAUUUAAUAGUGUUUAUAAUAAAAAUUUUAAAAAUGACCCUCAUAGCACGCAAAACAGGCUGGGGAAUUGCCCCUCUUCUUUCUGUGACAAUGCGCAUCAUUCCUGCAUUUGUUUCUAACACCGAACUACCUACAUUCAUCAUUUCCCCCAUUUUUCUUUUAUUUUCUUGCAUUUGUGAAUUAGUUCAAGAAUGCUAGAAAAGUGUCGAGUUGUGCACAUCCAUUUCCUGUUUCACAAUGUUUAAAAGUGACAGUAAUUCAUUUUGUAAACUAAAAAGAAAAGUUGGAAUAGUGAGCAUAAUAGGUACAUCCUAACACAUUAUGUUUAUUAACUUUGAGACCCAGAAGUAAAUUCUUUUCUUUUAUUUUCCUAUUCCUUAAAAGAUACAAACAAAUCAUUACUUUUUUGGUUUUGUAUUAUUUUUGGUUUGCUUAUUUUGGGGGCUAUUUGAUUAUUGUGGUUUUUUUUAAUUGUCCAGACUAUGACCUUGUCUUUUUUAUUCCUUUAAAUAUAUAUACCAGGUGAUGUGAAAAGAUGAAAUCAGUAGACUAGUUUUGUUUGUUUGUUUGUUUGUUUUUUGGGUUUUCUCCUGUACUUUAGAAUUCUCAAAAAGCUAAGACAAAUCUAUCAAAGAUGUUGCUUUGCUCACCUACAUUUUUUAAAGUAUGUGGUGCUUGUAGCUGGGGAAAAAUUAGUGACCUGAGCUCUUCACUUGGCUAUGGGAAAAUGGCAGGGAUGAAGCCAUGAAAUGUUUGUGGUGCCAUGGAUAUAGUUUCUGCCUGGGUUGAUACCGAGUGCCAUAAAUGUUUACUUUCUAUUCUGUCCACCUGAUUAAUAACAACAUUCCACAGCCACCUAGUCUUGCCCUUUCAGUGAAAUUUACUACAAUUUGCAGGUCAACUUUGGGCUUGACCUGCAUUGGGAGCAGUAUUGGACUAGCAUUGGCCAUAUUUGGUGUAGCUUCCAUCUUAACCAUCUGGUUCUUUUGGUUUGAUUUGAAGGGAGAAAAGAAGCUGAAAUGUGACAAUUUGAGCCUAAAUGCUCACUUGGGUUAGUAUCAUGUGAAAGAGGGUAAUGAUUGUCUUAUUUAGCCAGGGCUCAUGCUUAGACAUGGUCUACAAGGAUUGCAGAGCAUUAGGGAGGGCACAUAUAUCCCCCUCAAUUUGGGAAUUCAUGUUUAGCCAUGGUAGAAUUGGAGUCUUCUAAUUUUUGCCCCCCUCUCCCUUUCCCCGUAGCCCAUGACCACUGGCCUGCCCUAAGAAAUAAAAAGCAGCUCAUCUGGGGCUAACAAUUAAUGCCUGGUGAGUCUUCGUUGAUGUUAUCUUGACUUCAGUUUGAUUGGCUACCCAGGUAUCUCAGUGGGAUAAAGCAAGCUGGUUAAAAUGCCAAUAAAUAAAAGUGGGCUGGUAAAUUGUUACUUGCAAGGCUGACUGAAUUGGAAUAUUUUUAUUCACUGGUGGAUAAAAAGAAUUGAAAUACAUUGAUUGGAAAGGAACUCUUAUCAGACCAAGGACUCCUGAAGUCCUUGGAACCCAAGCAAGGAGAGUAUGAAGAAAGUGUAAAUUCUGUGGAGCAACCCUUUAGGAAACUGCCCCGGCUAAACACUUGUAUUGCUGUUUUUAGAUUAUAGAACAUGACCAACUUUUCACAUCACCAUUCAAUUUCAAUUUCUAGCUCAAAGCUUUCUGGAGUCUUUUGGUUUUCAUAAGCCUUCUCCCACCCCUUAUUAUUAAAAUAAAUGAAAUAACUCCUCCCUAUCUCUCUUGCUACCCCUUUUAUUGCCUUUCCCUUAUAAAAGUUUUCAAGUUGUUUUGAAAUGCAUUCUUUUGGUUGUUGGUUUUGUUCACCCCCUCCCCAUCCCCAAGCCUCCUUUUCUUAUAAUUCAGAGUAUGAAACCUGCAAAGCUCAGCUUGGUUUUGAUUUUGAAAGUUUAAGCUUUUUCUGCUUCUGUGAGAGCACAGGCCUCUGUCCUUUUGAUUCCAACUGAAACUUUUGUGUUCUCUAAUGAUACUAACAAGGUGUAGGUUUUACAGUCUCCUAAUUUGUACUGGUAAUGCAUAUUCCAAAUAAAUAGUUUCUUUUGUUGCAAAAAAA